CAAAAAGGGAGUGUUGUACAAAGUGACAGAACUCAGAGAAUGAGUACCAGGAAGACAAAUACAAAGACAUUACAGGAAUUUUGAAUGAAAGAUUGUGUCUGUCCCUCCAUGCGGUGAAAGUGACCUAAGAUCAAGAGCACUGAUGUCAAACACAACGUUCAACCCAGGUGCCUUGGGGGGACCACUGUUCUGUCCUCUACUACAGAUCAUGAGGAACCACAGCCUAAAUAACGACACAAAGACCAAUUUGGUGGUGAUUUGCAUCCACGGUCUGGUCUCCUGCCUGGGGAUUUUAGAAAACACCCUGAUCCUCUGGGUGGUGGGCUUCCGCCUGCGGCGCCGCACUGUGGCAUCAGUCUGGGUGCUCAACCUGGCCAUGUCUGACUUCCUGGCAACACUAACGCUACCCCUCUUCACUGUGUACCUUAGCUCCUCACAUAGCUGGAAGCUUGGCAUCCCACUUUGCAAAAUACAGGCUUCCAUCUUCUUUUUGAAUAUGUUUGUGUCAGCCUUCCUGCUGGCAGCCAUUUCACUGGACCGCUGCCUUCUGGUGGUCAAGCCAGUGUGGAGCCAGAAUCAUCGAUCAGUGGCAGGAGCUUGGAAGGUGUGUGUAUUGGGAUGGCUAUGGGCGUCAAUCAAUACAUUACCUUACUUACUUUUCCGCUCAGUGAUUCAGAAAGAGGAUGGUAGGCAACUGUGCUAUCAUAAUUUUGCCUUGCAUUUCACCUCUCAAACCACUCUGGACAGAGACUGCAAAGUGAGAGAGGCAGGAACAGCCAUCUCCAAGUUACUGCUAGCAUUCCUGAUCCCCCUGCUGGUGAUUGCAGGGAGCUACAUCCAAAUUGGUCUCAGCCUGAGGAAAAGGAGCAUGAGGAGAAAGCAGAGUGUAGCCAGGUUCACUGAUGCACUUAUUGUGUCAAACAAAGAGGACGAAUCAGGAAUUACAAAUACCCCUCGAACCACAAAAGCCACUAAUGUCUGUCUUAAGCCUCCAGCAUCUGGUCCGUCUUUAUCUCAGACACCUACUGCUUUGUCUCCUACUAUGUCUAACCAGACCAGUCACAGUCAGAUGUCCCAGAGCUUCACCAAGAUGGUCACAUUUGUGAUUGCAGCAUUUGCUUUGUGCUGGGCUCCCUAUCACAUCUUCUGCAUAAUCGAAGUGACAGCCCAGUACUGGGUCAAAAAUCUCAGCCUGGUUGAGGUGGGGCUGCCCCUAGCUACAACAUUUGCAUUCUUGAAUCCAGUGUUGAACCCCAUUCUAUACGUCUUCAGCUGCCCAAACUUCUGUGUGACAAUACGACAGAGUCUGGGAGCAGUGUUUGAUGGUCUGGUGGAAGAAAAGGGAGGGUUGCUGAUGGUACCAGGGAGAAGUUUAAAAGCACAUAUUAGGCAGAAGAGCAGUAGAGAUACUCGCCCUGGGACACCUGUGCCACCAAAUGACUCAUCCUCACCUCCCUUCCCAAGACAUGAAUUAAAAACAAAGGCUGAAAUUGGCUGAACUUGGAUGGUAGAUGCCAGAUUAGUGGGACUCUUGAUUUAUGUAUUUAAUGAUGUCAGUUAUGUAGUCACCAUCAUCAGGUCAGCAUUUCAUUUUGUAUAAUACUUUGGUUUGUGACAAAAGUACCUUCAAAUCUCUAAUUGCCUUACCUGUACUAUGUGCUGAUUAGCAAAUGUUAGCCUGCUAAUAUGAUAAACUAAGCUGGUGAUCAUAGUAAGGAUUAUGCCUGCUUAAUAUCAGCAUAUUAGCUUUGUCACUAUGAGCAGGUUAGCAUGCAUUUGGCUCAGCAUGGUCCUCAAAGGGUGAAGCUUACUGACCUUGACUCCUCUUGCACCACUGUGAGGUUAACAUUAGUGUUUUUAUGUGAGAUGUCUCAACAGCUAUUACGGGAUUCAGUCGUUUAGGGUUAGCCAUGAAAUUUGGUACAGACAUUAAUGUGCCCCUGAAUUAGUAUAUCUUGAUGAUCCCUUAACUCUCCAUAUAGCACCACCACUUUUGAAUGGUUUCACUCACUGUCAUGAAUAAACACUUUUUUGUUUGUCUGCAGUGUUAAAUUGAAAAGAUUUGAAAAGACAGAAAUGUUUCAUCUGUUUUAGUUUGGUUUUUCACUAAGUUUGUUUUUUCAGUAGAAGAGUGAAAAACUUUUUAAUUUAUCAACAUGCCAUCAUUCAGUUCUUGUGAUACUUUCCCUUCUCACAGUAAACUGCAGCUACAAUCAGGAAAAUACAUCAAAGGAAAGCACUCUCAAGUGUCUUUCCUUUAUUUAGCAACAUCCCAUGGAGUUACAAGGUAAAUGUGAGUGAGUGGUCAUGAGAAGAAUAAAAUGAGGAUUUUUAUUUAACAUAAAACAAAUGAAUUCAAAUGGAACAAUUGAAAGGUUUAUUGCAAGCAGCAAAAGCCGUUUAUGGCUAACAGACUAAAAUCUUUGGUUUCUGUGUUCUUUUAUUCUGAGUUCAAGCUAAGUUAAUUUUGACCACCAGAGAGCAGUAUAGCACUGAUUACGUAAACAGACAUGAAAUGAUGAGGUGGGAUUAUGCUUUUGAGGUCCUGUAAUCCAGCAGCACUUUGAAUCUAAACUGCUUACCACCUUUCUGAGUUACUAGAUUUUUUUCAUAUCUGAUAACAAUUUUGAUUGCCACAGCUGUUUCAAUUGUCUGGUUCCACCGCAAUCAACAUCACACUCAGGCUGACGUUUAAUGUAGGCCGUAGCAGGGUAGGAUUACUAUGGAGGUAGUUGUAAUUUGUGGAGAAUAUCAGACAGUGAAAAUUCAAAAUAUAAAGACAGAGCAGGAUUAAACCUAACGGGUCAGGCUGACAUACAAAGCUUCGCUUUACUCUCAUCCAUUCAGUUUCAGCAGAUUAUCCUCCUCCCUCACCCUCUGUUGGUGGCCAUCUUUCAUUUUUUCCUUAUCUGUAUUAAUUCAUUUCCUUAUGCCAUUUUGAAUGUGCAACAAUUCCUGGAGUCUUUGAAGUUAUAAAGACAAAGGAAUGAGAAGAAGAACUAAAGAAGACAGAAAAGAACUGAAAAAGGAGAAGUGUUGGCAGAGGUUCACAUAAUUCCUCAACCAAAAUCCUUAUGUUUUGUCUAAUUAUAUUCUAUUUCAGCCUUCCCUUGCAAUAUUUUUUUUUUUUUAAAAAAAGUCAAAUAUUUAUAAAUGGUCAUCAUAAAUGGUUAAAAGUUAAAUGUGACAUAUAGCUAGCUCAUAUAUGAACAUGACUCAUUUCAAGCGGGGAUAUCAUUUAACUUGGCAAAGUAAAAUAACAUGGAUAUUAUUUUUACAAAUUUGAACUGCCUGCUCAGUUUUAAAUUCAAUUCAAAUGCAACUUUAAAUACUAUGUCUAAUGUAUGGUUUGGUAGCUAUAUGAAGAUUAUUACUCAAUUAAGAUAUGAUAAAUUUUGGUUCAUAUGUAUAUAUGUAUGCAUGUAUCGAUUUAUUUAGCUAUGUCAAGGGAAGGAUCUAAAUAUAAUUAACUGGGAACAGCUUUUUAAAAGUGAAAAAUUAGGCUCACUUUCCUCUGAAUUUGAAUGAGUCAACUGAAUUAUUAAAGAUUCUCUGAAGAGACAUGAAUGGAAUGGUCUAGAUGUAGUUAAGAUUAGAGGUACACUGUUAUUCAACUACAGAAAAGACACAAACACACAGAUAAGGAUAAGGAUAUAAUCAAACAACUGGAGAACAGUGAGAACACAGACAAAGUAAGAUGAUGAAAAUGACCAAGCUAAAGAGAUUAUAUAAAGUCCUGUGAGAAACAGUUGGUAUGGAUGAGAGACAAGGAAAGAAUGAAAGAGAGAGCACAUGGAGGGUCGGUGGUAAGUAUUGCUUUAAAAGGGUUUAAUGCUGUUACAGUGCUUAUAGGUGACAGAUGCUGAGUGGAAAAUCGCAUUGUACAUCAGUACUUUUCUUUUAAACAUCAUGCACUGGUGUACACUCAUGAAUGCACACACACAAGGGAAGACACAUUUGCAUUUGUUAAAAAAUAUGCACAAAAAAGCUGUAUUAUGCAUGUCUAUUAUUAUCAAAAGCUUCAAGCACAGCAACUGUGUAUGUAUAUUGUAAUGCACAUCUCUGUAAGUAGAAGAACACUAAUAAAGGUCAGCACAUAUUCUA